AGGCUUGAGUGUACUAUAAAAGUUGGUGAGUUAUUUUAAUCCGCUCAAGCUGCAAAAGAGCAAAGGGCUGUUGUUGUGACUCGAUUUAUAUUUUCCUCCAGGGGACCCCUGGAAUCCUACAGCCGGUAAAACGCGAGCCGCUGAAAACGCACGGAGGUAGCAUUUUAGCUUAACCUCUUCAUUCCUCAGGCCUAGACCCACUUUUAAGGGCGUCCUCUCUGCCCGACCCCCUCCACCCUCCCCAGUUUGCUCCAGUGCCCAGUCCCGUCUCAUCUGGCCACCCGCCAGUUCUGCGGUCCCGACUGAGCAUCUGGGGGGCGUCACUGGGCAGACCGUCUGCGCAGGGCCCUGGGCUCUGCCCCUCUAACCCGCACGGUCCUCCUUAAGGACUUUUCGGUGCCGAGAUAGAGGCGGGUGUUUUGUUCUUUUUAAAGAGGAAAAAGUUUGUGACAUCCAGGAAAUGAGUAACUCCGGAGCCCUUUAGAGCCCUGCUGAUGGAGGCGAGAAGGCGGGAACCGGCCGGGGGAUCACCGCCCCGAUCCCUCUGAUCGUCCGACCGGCCGCUCCGCUUCAGCCGCCUGCGAACGCGGCGCCCGGGCCUGGCGACAGGCCGCCCAGCCUCGGCUUGCGCGGGGCUCCCGGACGGGAAGCGGAGGACGAGGGCUCAACGUGUAAGUGUCCGGUCCGCAGACGCGAGGGUCUGCAGCUUCGCGGGUGAGGAGACUGAGGUGCAGAGACUGGCCUUAGAUUACAUGGUGUGGUAGGCUGAAUUCCUGAUCCCUGGAACCUGUGAGUAUGUUACCGUAUAUGGCAAAAGGGAUUUUGCAGGUAUGAUUAAGGAUCUUGAGCUGGGGAGAUUAUCUUGUAUUAUCCAGGUAGGCCCAGGCAGGCCCAGUGUGUCCAGGUACCCACAUGAGUCAUUGUCUCCAGAUGAGCCAAGAGAAGUGUUACCCGUAUGGGCUAUACAGUCAGACUGACUUGCUUGGGUCCUGGCUCCACUGUUACAGUAGUUGGGUGUUCCUGGGCCGGCAGGUGCCUUGACAAUGCCAAGCCUCAGUUUCUUCAUAAGUAAAAUGGGAAUAGCCUCUCAAAGGGUUAUUGUAAAGAUUAAGCCAAAUGAUGCCAAUAAGUGUUUAGCAUAGUGCCUGGCAUAGAGUCACCAAUCUGGCUAGUAUCAGCUGUUUAAGGACAGUGAAGGUUAACCAGGGAUCUACAUUCCCUGCUGAAUUGGGCCCCCAGCUGCUCCAUCAGUGCAUUGCUACCCUCUCUGAGGUCUGGGCCAAGGACAAGGCCACAGGGACCCUGACCACCCCAGAUGGUGGGAAGAUGGUUUGCUCAGAGCUGAGGAUAAAGAAGCUCAUCCUGACCUUUGGUUGACUCUGGAGAGGGAACGUCAAGUUUGAGGCAUGGUCUGUACCAGGCAUCUAGAGGGAGAGUAGGGUGAGAAGGUUUUCUGGGAGAGGAAGGGGGUCAUUUGGAGAGCCCAACAGGUCAUAAAGAUGUCCCUCAGCAGUUUGGCACCUGUGAUGUUUUCCUUUAGAAAGCACUUUUCCCCCUCCAUCUGUGUGGCCCACCCCGUGACAUCAGCAGAAUGGAAGCACCUUCCAGGUGACAUCACUGUUGCCCAAGGCAACAUCUCCACCUUAAGGUUGGCAGGGAGGAGCAAGUAGAACCAACCCCAACUGUAAAACACAUGUUGGAGGGAAGGAGCAAAGAAGGCGUGACAUCCACAGGUGUGUUUUUUAAAGGCUAGACCUGACAUCGGAAGGGAAGGAGAAUGGGCUGCAGUUUUGAGGCCUGGCCUGUCCGUGAUAGGCCUUAAGGCCUUGGGGUUGACAGAGGCAAAGAGCUGUCAGCUGCAGUCUUGUUUAGUCCUCUGAGCUCUGCCUGGGAAAAAGGAGCAAGAUUCCUACAUGGGCUUCAAUCCCAUGGCCCUCACAGAGCUGCACCUCCCUUCUGCAGCCUGAAUCUGUGAUAUUGUUAGCUGCCAUCGAGUUGGUCCCCAACUCAUGGAAUCCAAGUGCACAACGGAACAAAACACUGCUCAAUCUUACGCCAUCCUUAUGACCGGUUACGGAUUGGACCAUUAUGAUCCAUUGGGUUUUCGCUGGCUGAUUUUCGGAAGUAGAUCUCCAUCCUUUCUUCCUAGUCCCUCUUAGUCUGGAAGCGCUGCUGAAACCUGUUCAACACCAUAGCGACACAUAGAUGGGUGAUGGCUGCACGUGAGGUACAUUGGCUGAAAAUCAAACCCUGGUAAGAAUUCUGCCACUGGACCAUCAGUGUCCCUGAAUCUGUGAAGAGGGGUGAGGAAAGGACAGGCUGAAUUAGUGAUGAAAAGAUUAGAGAAGUGAUUCUCCCUUCUUUACCCUCAGCCCCAAAAGAAAAUAAGAAACAAGGAUGGAUACCCAUGUCCUUACUAUUGGGACUGAUUUAAAAAAGAACCUUCAUUAAUUUAUUGAAUGAACAAUUCAAUAAAUUGAACCUACGAUAUGCAAGGCACUGUACAGGCUAGGGGUUCAGUGGCCUCCUGGAGCCUUAGAGUCAAACGCACACGGAAAGGAAGAAUGUUUGGAAUCCGUUGCCCUGAGACUUUGUGUACUGACCGGAAAUAGAAAUGAGGUCACAGUUCACCUUUCACCCAGUUCUAACAUUCCUGUGACUUCUGGGUGGGUUAAAUUAAACCUGUGGAGUCCCUUCCUCACUGUAGUUCAUGCAGGGAAUUGGAGGUGUGGGAGAUAUACCUGAUAUUAUGGAACUGGUGUUACAGCCGUGGGUGUCAAAGCCCCACCAAAGGGAGACCCUUGUGGCAGCAUGUUUCCAAGGCUGAACUCUACUGGAAAUUCUGAUGCUCUUAAUUUGGCAGCCUGUGAUUUCAGCUGCAUCUCAUAAGAUGGUGCCUACUGUUCUCCUGGAGUCCCUGGGUGGCACAAGUGGUUAACAUGCUCAGCUGUUAACCACAAGGUUGGAGGUUCAAGUCCACCCAGAGACACCUUAGAAGAAAGGCCUGGUGAUCUAUUUCUGAAAAAUCAGCCACUGAAAAGCCUAUGGAGCACAGGUCUACUCUGACACACAUGGGGUUGCCAUGAUCGGAAGCAACCCAACAGCAGCUGGUGGUGGCAGUGGCAUUAUUCUUAAGACAGAAAUUCCAGAUUCUUGUCACAUGUCAGCACAAGGGAUGAAAGAUGCAGGAAAGGGAGAAUUCUCUGGCCUGAAAAGGGCGAAAAGCUAGAGAACGUGGUAGGUCUCUCUGAAGAAGUUUCAGAACAGGGAAUUGCACUAAAUUCCCUUGCCUUUCCACUUUGAGAAAUUGGAUUAAAGUUUUUGCUUCAUGCAACUGAGUGUAAUAACUUCACAUGCUUUAACAUAGCUUCCCUGAUACCCAGUGUAUCCGAGGCUAAAGUCAUUGCCCGAUUUUUUGUAUGAACGUAGCAUUUUCAGGACUGUAAAUGAAAAUUAGAGUAUUGUCAGUGGAGAAGAUUAUUUGCACACUAUGCUUCUAUUUAUAACGCUGACCUCCAAAUCAGUUGUCAUGACCUUUUGUUCGUACAAGUGGAAUUAACCCUUUCAAAUAACAUUUGUCUCAUUAGUAGAGCACCUACUCUGAGCAAAGCCCCAACCUAGGGGCUUUGUAUACAUAUUGGUUUCUCUUCCUCACUGGUAGGUAUUAUCCUAGUUUUACAGGAGAAGAAACAGGCUCAGAGAGGCCAAGGGACUUGGCCAGAGUCACACAGCUGAAAUAGCAGGGGUGAACCUCAAACCCAGAUCCACUGCCUCCACAGCCUUAGACUCUCUGUGCCACACCAGGCCUCUGCCUGGACACCAUGGCCCAGGGAAUGUACGAGUGGCAUAAAGAGCACCCCACCCCACCCCAAGUUUGAGUGUCACAGGGGAGAAGACAACAGGCAGACCACCGACCUCCAGGCUUGAGCAGUCUGGUCCUCUCUUGAUGGGACCCACUGUAUGAUAUUAGCAGAGGAGGCCCAGUUUCCUUGUCUGUUUAAUGGGGCUGAUAACAGCCAGUACCAGAUAAUAUUCAGAGCACUCUGAGAUCAGAUGGAAGUCCCUAGAAAAAACACAGAGCCCACAAUAUCACAUGACUCAUUUCCAGGUAAACAACCCAGUGGGACACUCUUUGUUAGGGGAGGGGGGCUGGGUCCUGCCGAGAGCUUGGCUCUGUAGCUGCUCUGAGCUGCUGCUCCUUUCUCUCUCCUGGAUCAUUUCCCUGCAGCAGAUAUAGGGCAAUCCCCUACCAGUCUGCAUCAGACCAUAAGGCAAGGCAUUGUCAGAAUGCUGGCCCUGCCUGUGGGUGUAAAACCUUGUGCUCCUAACAAACUAUUCUCAUGGGAGCCUGUUUCAAUAGCCUUCUUACCAGCAGUCAGGACCGCCUGAAGUUCAUGAAAGGGUCCUUUUGUUUUCUGAGACUUUGUUCCAGAGUCCCUGAGAAGGCAGGACUGCAGCGUGAAUAGGCUAGAGGGGAAGAGAGCAGGGGAUGCCUGGGCCUUCUCCCUGUGUGCUGCCCAAAAUGUCCCCACCACCCCUCCACUUCCUCCCUGAUGCCUCCCCCAGCACAUACCCACCACCCAGUGUCAAAAGAUUCCUCACUGCCUUUUCCUGAUCAAGGCCGAGACCUCCCCGUUUGGGCUGAAAAGCCAAGGAGCCUCAUAAUUAAUUUCAUUAAGUCUAACUCUCUGCUUCAUGCCCAGGUUUCACUGAAAUUGUCCCCUACCCUUGCCUAAAUACAGGGAAGGAGAGUCCAUAGGUGCACAUCUAAUUUUUCACAGAUACCAAGUCACCGAGCAGCCAGCAUUAUGGGAAGACUGUAGGCUUGAAAAUCACCUGGGCCUGGGUUCGAAUCCUGCCUCUGCCCCUUAAGAGCUCUGUGAUAUGGGUAGUGGCUCUAUCUCUUUGAGCCUUGGUUUCUUUGUCUGUAAAAUGGGGAUAGUGCCUGCCUCAGAGUUUAUUCUGAUGAUAGGAUGAUACAUGCGAAGCACUUUGCACAAGGCCUAAGCCUCGAUAAGCGUGGUGUGUUGGCUACCAUUUACUAAGCCUUCCCAAGGCAUGUCCAAGGUCCCUAGGUAGUACACAAAGUUUGCACUCAACUAUUAACCUAAAAGAUGGCAGUUCAAACCCACCCGUACCACGGAAGAAAAGGCCUGGCGAUCUGCUUCUGUUAAGAUUACAGCUAAGAAAGCCUUACAGAGCGAUUCUGCUCUGUAACAUGGGGACACCAUGAGUUGGAACCAACUCUAUUGCAACUAACAGCAACAACUCAUGGCAUGUCAGUGCUGUGCGCCUGUGCCGAGGGUUACUGACUUCGCUCAUUCUCUCACCCAGUUUCUGUCGACUCCUGUAACCCCCACUUUGUCCUCCACUUCUGCAAAGCUCUCGAGGAGCAAGGACUUGGAUAUCAAGGGGAGAAGCAGCUGGGGCAGCUGUAGGUCAGAUACACUUACGGUGGGCUCAUUCCUGGGUGGAUUUCUUGGUAAAUGUUGGCAUGAGUUGGCCUGCAGUUUGUUGAAGGCUGGUCCAGGCCAAGAGUGGCUGUGGUGUGUCUCCAGGGCUGCGCCUAGAAGAGUUUUUCUCACAUUUGCCACGCACCAACCACUGUUAGUACUUUGGCUGACUGUGGAGUGCCUCCCAGGAAGAAAAGACCUAGAAAUGACUUCACCCAGGACACCCCACUUCACCCCCAUUUCAAAUUCCAAAGACAAACAAAAACAGUUACCAGUGAGUCACUUCCAACUCAGGCUGAUCCCAUGUGUUGCAGAGUAGAGCUCCACUCCAGAGCUUUUCCAGUGGCUGACGUUUUAGAAGUGGAUCAUCAGGAUUUUCUUUUGAGGGAAGCUCUGGCCAUGGCGCUGGGGCUCUUCCGGGUAUGCCUGGUGGUGGUGACGGCCAUCAUCAACCACCCGCUGCUGUUCUCACGGGAGAAUGCCACGGUCCCCGAGAACGAGGAGGAGAUCAUCCGCAAGAUGCAGGCGCACCAGGAGAAGCUGCAGCUGGAACAGCUGCGCCUGGAGGAGGAGCUGGCGCAGCUGGCGGCCGAAAAGGAGGCCCUGGAGCAGACAGCCGUGGAGGGCCAGCAGCAGAACGAGACCCGCGUGGCCUGGGACCUCUGGAGCACCCUCUGCAUGAUCCUCUUCCUGAUGAUCGAGGUAUGGCGGCAGGACCACCAGGACGGGCCCUCACCCGAGUGCCUAGGUGGUGACGAGGACGAGCUGCCUGGCCUGGGGGGUACCCCCCUCCGUGGCCUCACCCUGCCUGACAAGGCCACACUCAACCACUUCUAUGAGCGCUGCAUCCGGGGAACCACGGCUGAUGCCGCCCGUACCCGGGAGUUCGUGGAAGGCUUUGUGGAUGACUUGCUGGAAUCCCUGAGGAGUCUCUGCAACCGGGACACAGACAUGGAGGUGGAGGACUUCAUUGGUGUGGAGAGCAUGUAUGAGAACUGGCAGGUCGACAGGCCACUGGUAUGCGACCUCUUUGUGCCCUUCACACCCCCUGAGCCUUACCGCUUCCACCCAGAGCUGUGGUGUUCUGGCCGCUCGGUGCCCCUGGAUCGCCAGGGCUAUGGCCAGAUCAAGGUGGUCCGGGCCGAUGACACGCUGGGCUGUAUCUGCGACAAGACCAAGCUUGGGGAAGACAUGCUGUGUCUCCUCCAUGGCAAGAGCCACAUGGUGCAGCCUGGCAGCGAGAUGGAGGACUUGCUGUGUGCCAAAGAGUCCCCGUACCUGGACACCAUGCAAGUCAUGAAGUGGUUCCAGACAGCCCUCACCCGAGCCUGGCACCGCAUUGCCCACAAGUAUGAGUUUGACCUGGCCUUUGGCCAGCUGGACACACCAGGGUCCCUGAAGAUCAAGUUCCGCUCGGGGAAGUUCAUGCCCUUCAACCUGAUUCCUGUGAUCCAGUGUGAAGACUCGGACCUGUACUUUGUCUCCCACCUUCCCAGGGGGCCCUCUCGGUGGGCUUCAGCAUCCAGCACUGACUGGCUCCUGUCCUUUGCUGUCUACGAGCGACACUUCCUCAGAGUGACAUCCAAGGCACUACCCGAGGGUGCCUGCCACCUCAGCUGCUUGCAGAUUGCCUCCUUCCUGCUGUCCAAGCAGAGCCGCCUGACCGGCCCCAACGGGCUCAACAACUACCACCUGAAGACAGCCCUGCUGCACCUCCUGCUUGCACGCCGGACUACCGACUGGAAGGCCGGCCAGCUUGACGCUCGUCUGCAGGAGUUGCUUCGCUUCCUCGAGAAGAGCCUGCUAGAGAAGAAGCUCUAUCACUUCUUCAUUGGCAACCGCAAGGUGCCUGAGGCCACGGGACUCCCUGAGGCCAUCCGCAGGGCCGAGCCUCUCAACCUCUUCCGGCCCUUCGUCUUGCAGCGAAGUCUGUACCGUAAGACAGUGGACUCCUUCUAUGAGAUGCUCAGGAACGCCCCAGCACUCAUUAGCGAGUAUUCCCUACAUAUCCCUUCAGACCAUGCCAGCCUGGCCCAAAAAGCUGUGGUCUUAUAGAGCUUCCAGGACCUAAAGGGCCAGGCUGGAGGGCGUCCCACCACGUCUGUGCCCCUGUGAGCAUGUGCAAGCCUGUCCUGGAAAAAUGGCAGGCAUUGUUGGGAGCCAUGGGUCAUCCUGCCAGGAAAGCCAGGUCCGAUAGAGCAGAGGAAACAAUUCCAAGCUGGAAGUUGGUGGUGAAGCUGUUGUUUGGGUCUGUUUAGGAACUGAGCCUUUGCUGCUUAACUUUUAGAUCACCAUGAAUGACCGAGAUGGUAUUAAAACCGUCUAUGGACACCGAGUUAGAGACAAUUCAAACGUUGACUUGAGUGUAAUGUUUUUACAUCACAUGUCCAGUCUUUACUUGAAUGUCAACAGAGAAUCUGUAAGAAUGAUGAGAGGGACUGGUAUUAAGAGGGGCCCGGCACCCCUAUAACCAGUAAGCCUUGGCCCCAGCCACCUGUAGCCAGAGCACCAAUAGAGACAGAAUUUACAGCCCUUGAUUCACAGCCUGCACAACAAUAGGGAUCCUGUGGUGGCUGCCACUUUCUUACACUGUUUGGAGAAAAGACCUGGUAGAGAUUCAAGGUCCCAAAUGGUUAAUAUCUCUGUUAUACAGAAAUGGGUACUUGGUGGCAGAGACUUUUAAAGUUGGCCGCUUUUUCAGCUACACUUCUCACUCAGGGUCACUUCCUCUUCCUCGUCCCGUCCCCAGUGUGCUGGAUCCCAAGCACCAUGGGUGCCAUAGAUGAUGCUGUACAAGCUCAGAGGCCCUCGCCCCUCUUUAUUCCCUCUACAGAGGAUGCCCUGACUGUCAGCGUGGUCGGGGGAGGGCAAAUGCUGAAUGGUGAGAGCUGAUCUAGAGCAAGAGAGACAUUGGUACCUGGGACGGGCUGGACUCUGGGUGCUGGCAUCUGGCGUGCAGUCUGGCCUCUGGAGCCCCUAUUCAGAGCAAUCUGCAGAGCUGAGAGGCGAGGGAUGCUAUAGCCUCGUGUUUUCCUUGGGGUCCCAGUCCUAGGGUAUGCUUGGAAGCAAGAGUUGCUGGGGAAAGCCAGCUCUGGUCGACAGUCUCCAGGCCCUUCAGCUCUUCACUCCAAUGGGGCUUCUUCACUGCACAGAACCCAGCCUUUCUGCCUGUGCCUUGCUGGCUGAACAGAUGACCCAGGUCUGAAGAGCCUGGCAGAGGCUCAGCGGACUAGGACCACACAGGGACAGCACUGCGGGCAUACCCCCAGGCAACUGGGGGGUGGGGGCUGCCGUCACGGGGUGGGUGCCAGAACCUGUGGCCUGUGCUGGGCUCCAUCCCCAGGCCUGGUUCAGGAAGUUGGGGGGCCUCUUGGCUUCACCGACCCUUUGAGGUUCCCUCCCGUGGCAUCACCUUGACCCUUGCAGAAGCAAGAGGAGAGAGGUUGUACCUUCACCUUCCCUGCAGAGUUGAAGCUGGCCAUGCCCCCCCAGAUGAUACCCAACUCAACAGGGGUGUCCAGGGCUCCUCAAGAACUGAAGAAAGGAGUUUUUUGCUGUCCCACUCCCCACCCCCCAGAGUACCCUCACCUAGGCUCAGGAAGCUGGAGAAGACGAACAGUUUGUGAGGCAGGGUUAAUUCAUGGUGGGGAGAUUCAGCAGGGAGCAGGGCACUGAAGCCUGUGGGAGGCCUUCCUCCUGAGUGGGCUGGAGUUAGAAGGGGCAGGCGUGCGUCUGCCUUCCCCAGCCUGCAGCUGCCAGCCACGCACCAGGAGAUGGGCCUGCAAAGUGUGUCCACAAAAGCCAGAACUGAACCCUCUUUCCAUCGGGAUUCAUUUCCAGAAUUGAGGUGAAUUUCCUUAUUUAUUAUCACCCAUGCCUUUCUUGUGCCCUCUGUCCUUAUCCCACUGUGCUUUGAAGAGGCUCCAACAACCAAGAACCAGGCUCCAAAAGCCACAACCAAACCCAAAUCUCCCUCAGCUUUCCCCUUCGCUUCCGGGAGAAAGUUCAGUGAAAAACCACCUUCUGAUUUCUUGUUUCUACCUAGACAACAGAUCCCUGCAAGGAAACGGGAUCUUUUAUGUACCAAAGCUGCGUCUGAACAGAAAGUGGAGGCCUCUUUGCAGACACUUGGUAUUUUAUGCUGUCUUAUUUAUAAUAAAGGAAGAAUUGAAUUCUUGCAAGAAGUAGAAACAGCCAUGGUGUUUGUUUAUAACUUCAGGAAAUCUCCGAGGCUCCCAGGGCAGAGUCGUGGAGGGGGAUGAAUUUCCU